AUGACAAGUGCUUGGAUGAAUUGGGAUGAAUGGAAGAAUACCCAAAUCUCUGUCCUUGAAGCUCUAAGAGAACCUAAUGAAGAAAAAGUAAAAGAAGCAUUAAAUCUACUUCUUAUAUGGCAAACUCGUCAAAUACUUCCUGUUCAAAUUGAAGCAACUAUUGGUGUACUAAAUUCUAUGUGUGCAAACGUAGAAAAUCCACAAUUUUUUUCAUCAGUUGCUGGAUUUACUAUUGUUAGGUUUGUUAAUGGAAUGGUUGAUGCACCACAAAAAGCUGGAGGACAACACAGAAGUGUAUAUCAAAUGGCAGUUGAGUUAGGAGUGCCUACUGUGUUAGUUGAAGUAAGACACUCUAUAACACAUGGUACAGUUCCAUCUUCAGAAGAACUAAUAGAAUGUAUUAAAAUCAUAUCAGAAUAUUUAGUAAUUAAUUAUUGGGAACGAGGAAGUCAAGAAAGUUCACGAAUAUGGUUUGAUUCAUUUAUAGAAGCUGUUGGAAGAAGAGAUAGUCAAAGAAUUAUGAAAAGUAUAAAAGAAGGAUCAAGGAAUAUGACAAGUAGUUCAUUAUAUGAAUUGUCAAGUUUAAUUGUUAGAAUUGGGAAAUUACAAGGAGAUGAAAGUAAGUGGUGGAAAAUGAUGGUUACACAAAUAUGUUCAAGAAGAGGAUUUAGUGAUGUUUUAAUUGUUGGAGCAGCAAAAGAAUAUUGUAAAGAAAUUAAACAAAAUACAGAACAAAUUGAAGAAUGGAUUAUUUAUUGUAUUUCUGUAUUAUCAAGUGAAGUAAAUGAAGUAUUAAAUGUGUUUAAAAGUGAAGGAGUAUUAUUUGAAAAUAAAACUCAAAUAUUGUUAAAAAAGAUUCAUGCAAUUAUUAACGGUGAAAUGAAAAAGAUUAUUGGUGGUUUUAUUAUUCAUGAAAAUCUUAAAUUUAAAGAAAUGGAAUGUGAAGAAAUUGAACAAUUUGUUAAUGAAAAAAUUCAAAUAAAUGAAUGUGAAAUUGGUCAAUGGAAAAAACUUGGUGAACUUCCUCAAUUUUUUGUUUCGACAGAAAAUUUAAUAAUUGAUCCAUCUAUUUCAUUAAUGAUUGCAAAUUGA